AUGGCCCCAACGUCCAAGGCGCCCGAGUCCGCCUCCCCGACAACGACCGGGCCCGAUGGCGACUCGUCUGUGGAUAACAUUGCCCAGAUGCCUCACUCCGUCUCUCCUCCCCCAGUCACCUCGCUGAGUACUGCACCAUCCGCCUUUGGCAAGCCCGUUGGCAGCUCCGCUGUCCUCCGCUCGUACAUACGGAGCGGCUGGGAACUUGCCUGGUGGUGCACGCUGUGA